GUACGCGCGCUCUUUACGUCGGAACCCUGGGAGUAAGUGUUUCCGGCCAUUCAUAUUCGUAGCCGGUCAGCGCUCCGUUUUGGGGUUUUGUGCACUCUCGGACCAAAAGGGUGACGGCGCCGCUAAGAUGAAGCUCGUGAGAUUUUUGAUGAAAUUGAGUCACGAAACUGUAACCAUUGAAUUAAAGAAUGGAACACAGGUCCACGGAACAAUCACAGGUGUAGAUGUCAGCAUGAAUACACAUCUUAAAGCUGUGAAAAUGACCCUGAAGAACAGAGAACCUGUCCAGCUGGAAACACUGAGUAUUCGAGGAAAUAACAUUCGAUAUUUUAUUCUGCCAGACAGCUUACCUCUGGAUACACUUCUUGUGGAUGUUGAACCAAAGGUGAAGUCUAAGAAAAGGGAAGCUGUUGCAGGAAGAGGCCGAGGCCGAGGAAGAGGAAGAGGACGUGGCCGAGGCAGAGGAAGAGGGGGUCCUAGGCGAUAAUAUCUCUCAAGACUACUAUUUCAAAGUAGUAGGUUUUGUUUAUAACAGACGAAGAAGAAGAAGACGUGGCAGAGGAAGACUACGUGGCUAAGUUAGAAGAUGGUGGCGUCCUAAGGAAAUUGUGUCUCUCAAGAUUAUGAUUUUUAAAGUGAUCAGUGCCUUGGCUGCUUUUUGUACAGGCUUUGUUUGUGGCAGUUUUUAAUAAACAUAAAUGUAGGACA